AUUGUUUUUACGCUUUGUCAUUGCUGCAGUACCUAAAAUUUCCUAAAAUUAAGGAAAUUAAUUAAAAAACUUCAUUUACUAAUCAAACGUUAAUUUUCAAGUUCAAAAUGGACUUUUACAAGUUAAGUCAAGAAGAUUUUCAUACUCUCGAAGAGAAAAUUAAUGAAAAUAAUGACAUUUUAUCGAAAAAAGAUUCGAAUGAUCGUUUGUUACUACAUUGGGCAUGUCUAGCUGGUCGUGAGCAACUCGUCGAUUUUAUUUUAAAGAAUUCCAGUCCUGAAGUUGACGCUGAAGACGAUUCUCAAGCAACUUGUCUAAUUCUCAGCGUUCUUGGCGGUCAUUUCGGAUUAGCUCAGUUAUUUAUUUCUAAAGGAGCUGAUGUAAAUCAUAAGAAACAAGGAGGACAUUCUUCUGUUCAAUAUGCUGCUUCCAAGGGCUACAAAAAUAUAUUGGAACUUUUAAUAAAGAACGGUGCUGAUGUGAAUGUUCUGGAUGAUCGGCAAGACUCUCCUUUGCAUCGUGCAGCAACUCUCGGUCGCACUGGAGUUGCUAAAAUUCUCAUAGAAAACGGUGCAAAAGUAAACGUACAAAAUCGUGAAGGCAACACACCAUUUCAUCUAGCAUUAGAAGACGAGCAGUCGGAAGUCGCUUUUCUUCUUUUUGAAAGUGGCGCCGAUCCGAAAAUCCUCAAUCGCGCUAAGCAAACAGCAAUUGAUCUUUGUAAACCAAACAUCAAAAAACAAAUGAGAGAUAAAUAUCCUGAUAUGUUGAGCGAGAAUUGAAAUACUUUUUGUGAAUAUAAAAUACAAAUAAAUUUUUUUUAUUUAAUCAAAUAAAAAUUCCAAAUGUUUUUAUGACU